AUGGAACUAGGAUUUACUAAGGCAAACAGUUCUAAUUUGCCUCGAGUGGAUUUGUUAAUGAUGGGAGAGUUCCUGGCGUCAAACAAAGAUUUCUGUUCAGUAGAAUCCAGAAACGUGAAAACUGCAGUAUCCUCCAGGCCAUCGUACGGUGAUGAUGCCAUAAGCUAUGUCCAGUUAAAACGCGAUGGCAAUCUGUGCGUGGUGAAGUCAAAAAUCUGUCCAGAACACAAGGUCCAUGGAAAGUUAUAUAGAGUAACAUUAGUAGUUGAUGAAGUCAAUGAGACAGUUUCGGUGGAUUGCCAUGACUGUGUUGCAUCACAAGGAGGCUGCAAACACGCCGUGGCUUUUCUUAUGUGGGUGCAUCGCAGGAGUGCAGAACCAUCUGUUACAUCAGUUGCAUGCUACUGGAUGAAAUCUAAGCUGUCGAAAGUUGGGACUACCAUAAAAUACUUGACAGCAAAAGAUUUAUCUAAUGCUAAGCCUAGUUUGCCAUCAAAUAGUGUAGUAUUAGACAAGUUUAUUGAGGAAGGGAGGAAAAGGCAACUUCACAAUUGUGAAUUGAUCAAAUUUCAGGAAGAUUAUGUGCCUGAUAUAGUGAUUACAUUCUCCAUGCACAAAUUAGUAUUUAAAUAUAAGGAAAAAUCCUGUGACACUUGCUUAGAAAAGCUUGUAUUAACCGAUGCAGACGUUAAACUGAUUGAAGACAACAAAGUCAAAGUAGUGUUUGGUACGAACUAA